AUGGUCAAGAUCAGCAUCCUCUCCAUUGCCUCCGUGGCUGCCUUUGUAUCUCUUGGUGCGGCUAAGAACUGCCAAACCCAGUUCGAUUACUGUGCCUCGGCUCUCCUGACCAGAGGCGACUACGACAUCCAAAUCCGCAAUGCCCUUGCAGAUGCUCAGGGCUCAUUCCCUGGCGUAAACCAAGACAACGCCUUGUUCGCCUGCCUAGGAGGCUCCAACGGUGAAAUCAAGGUUAUCGAGAAGUGUGGAUACGAGUGCAAGAACGGAGGUAACGGCCACACCGACUCUUGCUAA